AUGGCAAUAGCUGAUGAAAGAAAUAGCACUACAGUUAAUACGUUCACCCUCUUAGGAUUCUCUGAAUUUCCAAACCUCAGAGUGCUCCUCUUUUCAAUAUUCUUAGGGAUCUACCUCAUGACAGUGUCCUGGAACCUGGGUCUCAUCAUCCUGAUAAAGAUGGACUCCCACCUGCAUGCACCCAUGUACUUCUUCCUCAAUAAACUUGCCUUCUUAGAUAUCUGCUAUGUUUCAACCACAGCACCCAAGAUGCUCUCAGACUUCUUUCAGGAGCAGAAAUCUAUCUCCUUUUUGGGGUGCGCCAUGCAGUACUUAUUCUUUGCUAGUGUGGGCCUGACUGAGUGCUGUCUUCUAGCAGCCAUGGCUUAUGAUCGAUAUGCUGCCAUUUGUAAUCCUCUGCUCUACAUGGCCACUAUGUCCCCCACCCUCUGUGUGAAGAUGGUGGCAGGAUCUUGUAUAGCUGGAUUCUUUGGCUCAUUUUUCCAAAUGUGCGCCUUACUUCAACUCCAUUUCUGUGGACCAAAUAUCAUCAACCACUACUUCUGUGACCUGCCCCAACUGAUGACUCUGUCCUGCUCUGACACCUUUGUCUUACAAGUUAUCAUUUCAGUGGUCACAGUGGUCUUUGGAUUCACAUCUGUCCUGGUUAUUAUGACAUCAUAUGGUCAUAUUGUUGCCACUAUUCUGAAGAUCACUUCAGCUGAAGGAAGGUACAAGGCCUUCAAUACCUGUGCUUCUCACCUUACAGCAGUGACUCUCUACUAUGGCUCAGGCACCUUUGUGUAUUUAUGCCCUAGCCCUGAUGAUUCCGUUAACCAAAGCAAGCUGGCCUCUGUUGUAUACAAUGUGGUGAUCCCCAUGUUAAAUCCACUGAUCUAUAGCCUAAGGAACAAGGAAAUCAAAGAUGCCCUAAACAGAUGGAAAAAGAGAAUAUUGUCCCAGAAUCAUUGA